CCCAGUCAUUUGGACGCGGGAACGGAGACGCAGUCUUCGCUGUUGUCAGAGCUCCAUGUGAUAUCGGCUCUCAGGGUAAGGAUCACAAGGGAUACCUUCCUUUCACCGUGUUGACUUCCCUUGACUGUAUUCGAGCCCUGGUCUCGACCUGGACGAUAUAAGAAGGAGGAUGCUGAGUGAUCGCUUGCCAUGCCCCACCUUCAAUCCGCUGCAGCACUCUUACUGUCGAGAAGAGUCAUCGACAUCCUUGCGCUUUUCCCCAACCUUUGCAAUCUCAAGCGCAUAGCAUGUCUUCCAGCAACACAGGUCGAGACGGCCGGACCAGGUCUUCACGCGUCUUCGAUGCCAUGGACCGUGUCGGCCUCAGUGAACUUAGCGACUCCCUUGAAGAUAUACAUCGCAGAUCGAGAACGAUCCUUCCAGAGGGAAUCAUGGGCGAAUUCUCAUCUUCAAGCGACAAUAACCCCCAGCGACCUCCCCGAGAGGACCGGAGGAGACAGCCUCGCCGGAUUUCAAGCGGAUCGACAUCUCAACCUGCAUCGCAUCGGGAUGAUAGAGAAAAUGCGCUUAGUUCGACAACGGCCAAUGAGAUGACCUCUGAAAUAUGCUCUUUAUGUUCUGACAAGGCGGUGGUAAUCGGCAGUGUGACUUCACCAGCUGAGUAUUAUCCCGACGAUUACGAAGAUCCAAGCUUGGCAAGCACCCUGAGAAGGCCCAGCUCCACUCGGCAAGUGUAUUAUUGCAGAAAGCACUCGCUUGGACAACAGGUCCCAGCUCCGUCCGAUACCAGUCGCAGAUCCUCAACGAGGGGUAGCCGGACCUCACAUCAGAGCCAUACCAGCCACCGUUCCGCAGGAGGCCAUCGCGCUGCAAGGCGAAAUCCCCUCCAAGCAUAUUACGAAGAGGCUCCAUACUAUGAUAGUCGCUACGAUGAUCCUCAAUGAUAUCAAUCUUAGUUUCAGAUUUCACCUCCCCUGUUACGUGACAUUCAGAGCUUGAUCUAGAUGCAGAAGCGAUACAU